AUGUCAGUCGAAACCGAUUCCGAUCUUAGUAGUUUACCGCUCGAUAACGAGGAAGAGGAGGUAACUGAAGAUGAACCAGAGGUUUAUUACUCUGAAGACUUUAUAUCUGGUCCGUUUUUAAGCGACCGAAGUACAUUUACGAAAGAUAUAUUGGAAUUUGACUUUUCCUACGGAUAUGACUGCCUUAAAUAUUUUAAUUUAACGGUUCCAGACGAAAACACGUUGAUAUUUGGAUCAGGAAAUAUAAUCCACUUCUUCAAUGCCCGAACACAGCAGUUUACAUUUAGACGUAGCGCUUUCGGGGGAGGAAUUGGACAUAUAACUAGAAAUCCACAAGAUGAAUAUCCCCACAUCGCCGUGGGCGAGAAUGGAAUAAAUCCCCCAAUUAUUAUUUACGAAUGGCCCUCACUAGAAAUCAUAACCGUGCUGAAAGGGGGUGCCUCGAGGUGUUUCGCUCAUUUAAAUUACAGUCCCGAUGGUGUGUUACUCGCAUCCCAAAGCGGAGAGCCGGACUUUCUCAUCACUAUAUUUAACUGGUCCAAGUGUAGAAUUUUGCAGAGAAUUAAAUCAAACGUAAACGAAGUCUAUCGAGUUAUGUUCUCGACGGACGUGCCAGGCCAACUGACAACUUGCGGACUGACGCACAUCAAGUUUUGGAAGAUGGCGGAAACGUUUACUGGCCUUAAAUUGCAAGGCGAACUGGGAAGGUUCGGGAAAACCGAGUACUGCGAUAUUUUGGGAAUAUAUCAGAUGGCCGAUGAGAAGGUUGUUUCUGGCUGUGCAUGGGGAAACAUGCUAGUGUGGGACGAAGGGUUGAUUAAGGUUGAGGUAUGCCAGGUAGGAAGGAAAAAGUGCCACACCGCACCUAUUGUGCAAUUCCAUUAUGACAACGGCGAUUUGUGGACUGUCGGUAUGGAUGGGUGCGUACGGGUGUGGUUUUAUGACACCAUCGACCAAUUUGAUCCUCCUGAUCAUGACCGUUUUGUUGAAGUAGAUCCGUUGUUUACGUUUUACGUUCCCGAUUCCAAGCUGAUGUGCAUUCGAAAGUUAAACAACAAAUGGAGGGAUUUUCAGUUUUACGCUCAGGAUGGAAAUGGGGGGUUAUGGCGCAUCGACCUGAACACUUAUGCCGAGCCCAAAUCGCCUGUGCAAUUGUUUGCCUGUCACGGCGGGGAAAUAAUGGAUAUUGCUGCGUGUCCUUGGGGUAAUUACUUGGCAAGCGUAGGAUCAGAUGGUAGACUUCAAUUUUAUAACUAUAAAGAAAGGAGGCUAUUCUUCAGAUGGAAAUUUCCUGCUAAGGGCGCCACGUUAAUCUGGUUACCCCUAGAAAUUCAACCUUCUGGGGAUCAACUAAUUAUGGGUUUCGAUGAUGGAAUUAUAAGAGUGGUUGUUGCAAGAAUUGAUGAGGAUACUGAGGAGGUUAAACACAAAAUCAUACAGUUGACGAAGCCCCAUACCAAGCCGAUUACUAGAUCAAGUUUGAAUUCUAAGGAGCUUCUUUUGGUCACCGGAUCUGAAGAUGCAACAAUUUUCAUAUACAAACUGGUACCUUCUAGAAAUAGUUACACUACCCUAGUUCCAAUUGGAUUCAUACCCGUUCCCGACAUAAUCACAUGUUUACUGUGGCAUCCAAAGCUGAGCGCAACACUUCUCGGGGGCUGCGCACAUGGUCACUAUUUCCAAGUUGAAGUGCCCAACAGUCCGCAAAAGUACACAACUGUUACUUACAAGUUGAAAGAAGUUCCUACACAGAAACGGUUUAUCACAUACAAGUCGCAAAUACUGCGCGACAUCCUGUUGGCCGAAAUCGCGGCGCAGAAAGCCAAAAAAGUCGAAAGGAAGAAGGUGGAAUUGGCGCAGUUAAAAACUGACAAUCCAGGCAUGGAUAUUGACGAGGAGCUAUUUCUCGAGGACUCCUCAACCGAGGAGAUCCUGGAGUCGUUGUUUAUACCGGAGGUUCCCAAUAACAUUUUGUGGCUCCAAGUGACUGACGAUGACACCAUUUGGCUUUCGGUGGCAGGUUACGAUGCCGGAUAUAUUUACGAGUACGACAUUGAUCAAACCAGCGAAGUUCCCAAGAGGUUUCAGCUAAUCUACGAUGGAGUGGAUAUGAUGAUUAAUAAUUACAUAUACAGUAACGAUGGGGAGUACUUAAUCCUCGCUUUGGAGAACGGAAGUCUAAGGGUUAUAAAACGAAACCCAGAGGAUUGGACAGAUUUAUCCGACUACUGGCAGUUACCAAUGCACGACAACUACAAUAGUUACAUUAGUAAGAUGUGCUUCAGUUACGAUGAUAAUUACUUCUUUUCGGCUGGAUACGAUGGCAACCUGUUUUCCUACAGGUAUAACUCCGAAGUAAAGACGGAAAGUGUCGUUCCACCACAACUCGUUCAAAUUGCGAUACCCACCGUAGAGCUGCUGGAUGUUGAUGGGUACACUAGCCUGAGUUUAGACGAGACCUUGCAAAAGGCCGAAAAGGAUCGGAUAGAUCGAAUCGCUAAUGAAGCUAAAGUGGCCACUUUGGAACGAAUUAUUAUACUGAGACAGAGAUUUGAUUUGGUAUUAAAACGAAACGCGAAGCUGUUACCCACUCAAAUUAUUCCAAGACCAGAGUUCGAUAUCGACCCACGUAUAACCGAAAAUUUGAACGACAAAUUGACGACAAACUUGGCGCUGGUGAAACAAAAAUUGGAAUACAACGUUGAGAAAUCUAAAGUCGGAAUGGACAAACUGAAAUCUCGCUUUGUCGAUAGCUUGGAUGUCUUCCCGAUUAUUGUACGAGGUGUGCGAAAGAAUAUCACCGUUGCAACUGAAAGGCAAACCACCCUUUCAACCAGAUUCUUUGACAUGCUUCAAAUUGUCGACCGAAAGAUAUUGGAAGCGGAGUUGAAGAACAGGCCACCGGAACGGCCUCCGCCGGUUCAAGUAGUCGCUAAGGCGCAAGAGGUAAAGAAGGAAAAGCUCGAACACUUUUUGGUGGGUUUGACUCCUUCUACGAUCGCAAAAGGCUUGGAGCCUAAGCUUGCUAGGUGUUUGGGCAAGUACAGAGAUCGAAAGAACAGGGAGGACGAACGCAGGAAACAGUGGAUUGUUUUUAAUUCAAAAAAGCCCCAAGAAGGUGUUAACGACCCAGAGGAGGAAAAUCUCUUGGAAAAGGCAAAAGAAACCAUCGGCGAUUUGAAAUUAAAAACUGCUCUAGAUUACAAAGUGCCUAUGCACUUGCGGGAAUCAACAGUAAAGAAAUACAAACAGCUGCUCCUUGCAAGACACAGGCAAUAUUAUAUAAGGCACGACUUUAACUUGGCGGUUCUAAGAUUACGAAAUCAAAAGUGCUCCCUCAUUGACUACCUGAACAAGCUAAAGGGGCGAUUGCUAGAAAUACAGGAAGAAAUUUGUCCGAGCCAGCAGAGACAAUUUCCCGAAAUUCCGAAGGUUGAACUCGACGAUUUUCCCGAACAAAACGUAGAUGUUGUUGUGAAAAUGUCGCAGUCGCAAACUGGGAGACUAAUAACGAUACCAACUGUCCAGUGUCGUAAAGGGGACGCACUGGAAAAAGAAGUGUUGCUCACCAAUAAACCUACAACUACCUUAUACCCACCUCCACCUCCAGAAAAGGGAAAACCAACGAAGGUUCGAGCAGUUGAUCCAGAAAUCGCCGCCCUCUGCAACGACGAAGAUACACCAUGGGAGGCAGAAGUUCGUAGUUAUCGAUAUUCCCGUUAUAUAUUUGAGCAAGAUCGGAUAAUAUCCAAAAUGAAAGUAGCGAUAGAAAAAUUUGACGCAGAGCUGGAAAGAGUGGCACAGAGCAAAAUAAAGCUUACCCGUGAUGCAUACCUGAUAGAUCUGUACAUUGUUACAUUAAACCAGGAGUUGACGAUACUCAGCGCGUUCGAGUCCGUCGAAGAUCAACUGCAAGAGAGGUUAAAUGAGCGAAUUCUGGAAAAGUUGGACAUGGAGGAUACUAUAACAGUUAUAAAUAAUACUAUUUUAAACUACAAGAUGGAAAUAGAACGUUUGCAAGAAGAAGAGAAGUCUAUUCAACAACAAUUCUAUUUGGCAGCUGUGGACAACAAGUUUUACGAUUUCUUACGAAGAAUUUUUAAGAGAAGGUAUAAGCCACCAAAAGUGUACAAUCCAGAUGAGUCUUCCUCGUCAUCGUCAAGUUCGUCAAGUUCCGAAUCGGAGACGGGCGAUGCUGGUAGCGAAGAUUCUCGAGAUUUUGCUAUAGUCAAACUCGAUGAAAAUGUUUGUCCUAAAGGAUGUGAUGCAGCACUGUACGAGAGAACAUUUGAGAUGCGUGCGAAAAGGCAUUCUGUGGAGUUGGCCAUAAGGGACCAAAAGGCCAACAUAGACACGCUAUCCAAGGACCUGGUAGCAAAAAAUAAGAAGAUGAAGAUAAUAGAUAAUUUCGUAAAAGAAUGCCAAAAGGAACUGGAGGCUUACCAGCGAGAGAAGCAGAAGAAGCUAAAUUUGGUUUUAACAACCGUAGUUCUCAAGCUGAAUCAGCUGCAGCAUUUGGUCUCAAUUAACAACGCCAGCAAAGUAGGCGACGCUUUAAUACUAUCGAAGUAUGCGGUUUCACAACUGUAUAGGAGAGUUGGUGAGUUGCACAACGAAACCGUUGCCCAAAAAUCGAAACACAAGGGAAAUAUUACCCACAUGACCAGGAUGCAAACUGACUCUAAGUUUAUGAGAAGGAAAAUGUCCGAAUUAAAGGCGCAAAUUAAGGAAUUGAUGAUUAAAAAAUUUGGAGGGGAAAUAGAUUUGAACGAAGUCAUCGAAUCAAACGUGAAGACCGUGUCGUUUGGGAAAAAUCUAUCUUUGGAUGAAUUGGAGGAGUGCACCAUGAAGAAAAUGGUUUUCGACUAUCGUUUGUCCCACGAGGACGUGCAAAAAUUGUUCCAAGACGAAAUGGCGUUGUGGAACAACGCUUACGAAAGGAAACAGCUGGAUUUAAUCGAGAAAAUUAGGCAGCAUACCUCUAAGUUGGAUCUGAUAGCGCUGCUCAACAAGGAAAAGGCCCAGCUUGCUUUAGAGGUUCAUAAGGAAGCUGUACAACGUGACAGUAAGAAAUUAGAGGCCGAUGCUGAGUUUAUAGGAAGGUGCCAAGACGAUAUUAACAAGUUAAUGAAAGUUGUGCAUCAACAAGCAUUAGAUAUUAGGCUGAUAACCUUGGAAAUUAGUCGGUUGAGAUCAAAAGAUGGUGUGGUAAGUCAAAAAACUGAUCGGACUCCAAAGGAACCACUGCAGGUAGAAGAGGACGAUAUUAAUGACGAUGACAGUUUCAUGUACUACUUGGCAAUGGAAACCACCAGAGAAAAACGAAAGAUACCAUCAAAUGUUCGAGAUAUGUCCAUAAAGACCCAGAGCUCUUUAUUUUCGACAAUUUCGCAGAGAAUAAAAUCAUUGAUCGUUGACAUGCUUGGACAGGUUAAAAGCACAGCCGCGUUAUCUAAAUCAGCAACGGAGAUACUCGUCGAGGAAACUGUGAUCGAUCUCCUGGAACGUCCCGAUCGUGAGGAACUCGUGGAAAAUCUAACCGCAUUAUUACCAGAAGAGCCCACAGGUGAAGAUCAUGGUAUUAUCGAAACUGUUGCUGAACAAAUUCUUGUAUUACAACAACCCGAGGUAUCAAAAUCUGAGAGUGCCAUUUUGCACGAAAUGCUAGAUUUGGCAAUUGAAUCUGGCGGAAGUUACACACAAAUUUUGGUUAAAGCCAUUUUUGAAUUGGUGAACCGUUUACCAAUUAGUUUUCUCACUCGAUCGACCAGUAUACAUAUCAUUACUUCAAAAGUAAAAACAAUGGCCGGAGAGAAGGCAUUGGAGAAAGAGGAACUGGAAGUGAGCGAAGCUGAACUGCAGGAUUGAAAAAAUAAGGGCAAACUAGAAACUACAUUCAUCGGGUGCGCUGUUGCAAAAAAAGAUAUAUUCAUCAUGAUUAAGCAAGACUGAAGGAACAAAACAUACGGGGUAACAAUUAAGCAUGUCAAAAAAUUGUGUGUGCAGUUUUCAAAAAUUUUUGUUUUGGGUUUUAGGCAACAUAGGGCAAUUUCCACAUGUACCGCUUCAUAGCGAACGUGAACGAAAGUAUGCCUAGAAAUAAAAGCGAUAACUCGAAACGUAUUACAGAAAGCGAGCGCGGUAGCCACGAUCUCUUUGGAUUAAAACUUUCAUUCCGUUCUGUGUAUUGCCGUACACGUGACAAAAAUGCAGGUUUACUAUUCAUUAAAACGGGUACGCGUUGCGUUCAGAAAGGAAUGUGUGAUAAAACCAUUGUACUGGGCCUAAGGUUGGAGAUUUUUGAAACUUCAGUUUAUUUAAAAAAAAUACUUGUCCUAUCAUCUACAUACUUUCUGACCUACCUACUUAAUUGUUCCACUCUGUACUUAAAAUAUUUAUAAACAGAGCGUGGUGAUUCAGCAGCAGCAUUACCCAUUAAAAGAAGAAGUUCUAAACCUCCCCAACAAAAAAUUUAUUAAUUAUUAAUUGUACACGAAGUGUAUAAAUACAUUAAAAAUUGAUUGGCAUAACCGCUAUAAAAAAUUAGACACCUUUGUCUAUUAAUUUUCAUUAAUUAUCAUGAAAUUAAAAAAAAAUAC